AUGGAGAAGGAAGAGAGUGUUCUUCAUGCUCAUGUUUUAGUUGUAUCCUUCCCAGCCCAAGGCCACAUUAACCCACUCCUCCAGUUCUCCAAGAGAUUGCUCUCCAAAGGGCUCAGAGUUACACUGGCCAUCACCAAGUAUUUUGCCAAAUCUAUGACUAUGCACGCCCCAACUGGACCCAUAAAAGUCGAGACAUUCUCCAACGGCUAUGACGACGGCUGGCAGAAAGAAAAUAGCACUGAGGAGUACUUUGAGCGCUUUAAGAUGGUGGGCUCACAAACCUUGACAGAACUCAUCAAGAAACAAGAAAGCUCAGGUGAUCCUAUAAGCUGUGUUGUGUAUGACCCUUUUCUUUCCUGGGCUCUGGAUGUGGCCAAAGAGCUCAACUUAGUUGGUGCUGCCUUCUUCACCCAAUCUUGUACUGUUUGCAGCAUUUACUACCAUGUGCAACGGGGUCUACUCAAACUACCACUGGCCGGCACAGAAAUUUCUAUCCCUGGAUUGCCACCGGUUCCAAUCACUGAUCUGCCGUCUUUUGUUUCUAUAUUUGGAUCGUACCCAACUAUACUAACCUUACUUUUAAGCCAAUUUUCCAACAUCGACAAGGCAGAUUUGGUCCUUUUUAACUCAUUUGACAAGCUGGAGCAGGAGAUAGUGAAUUCAAUGGCAAAGAUAUGGCCAUUGAAGACGAUCGGACCAACCGUGCCAUCCAUCUACCUCGACAAGAGAAUUGAAGGCGAUGAAGAUUAUGGUUUCAAUCUUUUUAAUCCUUGCACAGACACCUGCAUGAACUGGCUAAACAUGAAGGAAACUGGAUCUGUUGUCUAUAUAUCCUUUGGAAGCCUAGCUGAACUUGGAGUUGAGCAAAUGAAAGAACUAGCAUUGUGCCUAAAGGAUAGCAAUAAUCAUUUCUUGUGGGUAGUGAGGCAAUCAGAGAAGAAUAAGCUUCCAACCAAUUUUGUAGAAGAGACAUUGGAGAAGGGAUUGGUGGUCCCUUGGUGUCCUCAGUUGGAGGUAUUGUCUCACAAAGCAGUGGGUUGUUUUGUGACACAUUGCGGAUGGAAUUCAACAUUGGAAUCAUUGAGCUUAGGUGUACCAAUGGUGGGAUUGCCACAAUGGACUGAUCAACCAACGAAUGCAAAAUAUAUUGAGGAUGUUUGGGGAAUGGGUUUGAGAGCUAAGGUGGAUGAAAAGGGGGUGGCAAUAAAGGAAGAGAUAGAAGCAUGUAUAAGGGAAGUUAUGCAAGGAGCAGAGAAAGGAAAGGAGAUUAGAAAUAAUGCUAUCAAAUGGAAAGAGCUUGCGAAAGAGGCAGUAGAUGAAGGUGGAAGUUCAGACAGGAACAUUGAAGAAUUUGUUGCUCUAUUAUGUGGUGCCCCCUCAAGGUGUCUAUAAAAUGGUGUAACUCCAUAAUUUGGAUUGGGGCAGAGGUUUGGCACACAUCUAGCUUUCCUGGAGGUAGUGACUCCAACCAACGACAGUACUGGACACACAUGGGCAUGGACAUCUUUUGCAUAAGGUGGAAGAGAGAUAAAAGUCUGGGCAGCACGGCGGAGUGCCCAACUUUUCACUCAAAUGACUCCAAGUCAUUUACUGUACCUGAUUGGUUUAAAGUUCUUUUCCAACUAAAUAAAACAAAAGAGUGAAAUUAUUUUC